UGUGUCGAGGGACGCGAAUACUUCACAAGAUGCAACAGAUCUUUCCCAACAAACUGAUCGAGACGAUUUUAACCGACGACUCAUGCUUGAUAUGAUCAUAUUACGAUUAACGUCGCAAAGGGUAUUUUGACAAGGUCUGUUUUACAAAUAAAACUUGUGAUUAAGGAAUGAUGUGCGCGCGCAGAUGAGUGAUGGUUGGGAAUGACCGCUUCAACGAAAUGGUGACGAGAUAUUUUAAAAAGUGAAAUCGGGCUUAUUUUGUAAACAUGCUUGACUUCUGUUUUUAAUACAAGUAUUUUCAUCGAGCUGUCAAAUUGCGAAGCACUUGCGCGUUUAAUUGCUUAAGCGCUGAAUUGAGCCGUGAAGGUCGCGUUCCUCAUUUGGAGUUUUUCGUUUAUGGAGGCCUAUCGAUCUGUUUACUUUUUUAUGUUUACUAUCAUGCCAAAAAUCUCGUGAUUUGAUAGCCUCAGAGGAAAAAACGCAAGUUCCCACCCACAGACUGAGCAUCAGAGAGUUUCUCUCGUAUCAUAACAGGUGGUUCCUCUCGCGUCUCCAAGGCUGAAGGAUCAUGUUGACGGCAGAAACUCUCACCAGCUGUUUGACUUCUUUAACAAAUGACAACCGCAAUACUAUAAGCGCAGGUUUAGCAAGCCAAGAGAGUUACUAAAACAAAGCCUCUCCAUCCAAAUCUAUGAUCAGCUCAGUGUGUGUUUCGUCGUACCGCGGGCGCAAGUCGGGCAAUAAACCAUCUUCCAAAACAUGUCUAAAGGAAGAGAUGACCAGAGGCGAAGACUCGGAAAAGAUCAUCAUCAAUGUCGGUGGCACGCGUCACGAAACCUACAGGAGCACCCUGAGGACCCUACCGGGCACGCGGCUCGCAUGGCUCGCAGACACGGACCACCCGGACGCUGACACGGGGCAGACGUCCACCAACGAGUUCUUUUUCGACCGACAUCCUGGCAUAUUUGCUUAUGUGCUCAACUAUUACAGGACUGGCAAGCUCCACUGCCCGGCUGAAGUCUGCGGCCCCCUUUUUGAGGAGGAGUUGGCAUUUUGGGGCAUCGAUGAGACGGACGUGGAGCCCUGUUGCUGGAUGACCUAUCGCCAGCACAGGGACGCAGAAGAGGCGCUAGAUAUCUUCGAACCGCCUGAUCCGGAGGAUGCUGAGGAUGACCACGACGUGCCCAGGCGCUUUGGCAUUGAGGACAGCCCUGACCGCUCCAGGGGAUGCUGUGAAGUUUGGCAACCAAAGAUAUGGGCGCUCUUCGAAGAUCCAUAUUCUUCUCGUGCCGCUCGGAUAAUUGCCUUCGUCUCCCUGUUUUUCAUUUUGGUGUCCAUCACCAACUUUUGCCUGGAGACCCACGAGGCCUUUAAUGAGCUUCACAAUCGCACGGAUGUAGUUACAGAAGGCAACAACACUGUGAUCAACUUUGUCCGAGUGGUGGAGACCAAACCAGUGCUCACAUUGGUGGAGGGAAUUUGUGUGGUGUGGUUUACGUUCGAGUUCCUAGUGCGUAUCAUAUGUUGCCCAAACAAGAUUCUCUUCAUCAAGAACACGCUGAACAUUAUCGACUUUGUUGCCAUCCUGCCAUUUUAUCUGGAGAUGAGUUUAAGAGGGCUCACAUCUAAAGCCGCCAAGGAUGUUCUGGGCUUUCUGCGCGUUGUCCGCUUUGUCCGUAUUCUACGGAUUUUCAAGCUAACCAGACACUUUGUAGGUCUCAGGGUUCUCGGCCACACUUUGCGGGCAAGCGUCAAUGAGUUUUGCCUUCUUAUUAUCUUUCUCGCCCUCGGAGUCCUUAUUUUUGCCACCAUGAUCUACUACGCCGAACGUAUUGGUGCGGAUCCCAAUGACCCUAGCGGCAGCAGCCACACCCAUUUCAAGAACAUUCCCAUCAGCUUCUGGUGGGCAGUAGUCACCAUGACGACGCUAGGUUAUGGAGACAUGUACCCUCAGACGUGGCUGGGCAUGAUGGUUGGAGCGUUAUGUGCGAUAGCGGGCGUGCUAACCAUUGCCAUGCCGGUGCCUGUCAUUGUUAACAAUUUUGGGAUGUACUACUCACUGGCUAUGGCCAAGCAGAAGCUGCCCAAAAAGAAAAAGAAGCACAAUCCUAACCGAGACAUGGUGAUGGACUCUGGGUCAUUCGGAAAGUCCGAAAGCAACUCGCCAAGGAACAGCACACAGAGUGACACGUGCCCCCUCGCCGCUGAGGAGAACAUCGGAAGAAACCGAUCAGAUUCAAAGCAGAAUGGCGACGCUAAUGUGACUCUUUCAGAAGAGGAAGGCUGCAGCCUGACCCAGCCGCUCUCGCCGGGCGAUAGGUGGACCCUGCGAUGCUCACGUAACAGAGACAAGUCCAUAAAAGAGUCAACUUGCUUCCUGCUGACAUCUGGAGACUUCUCCUGCAGAGCUGAACCCACCAUCCACACAGAAAGCUGCAAAGAUGCACUCACAUCCCCUGCAAACUACACUCAAGCAGAAGUCACCACACUGACCUGAAGGGGUUUGCAAUCGUUUGAGAUCCCGACUGGAUCUUCGCUUAUUCCCCAAAAGGCAUUGACUAGUAGAAUGCGUAUGCUUCUAGUCAUCAUUAUGCACACAUCUGUCUUUUUCAAGGCCAUUUGCAUGACAGAGCUUUGACUACCUUUGGUCAAAAUGGAACAUUAUUGCACUUUAAAUAUGGGGUGCAUCAAAUCUAUUGAGUAUUACUUGUAAGAUAUUGUAACUUGUUGACAUCAUUGUCGAAGGCCCCAGUGCAAAUUGACAAUGAUAAUCUUUAUCCGAUUUAUGCUUUUAAAAUGUUUCUGUCAAAUAAAAUGCUCUCUAGAAUGAGAAUGUCUGCCCCAACACCACCUGCCAACAGAUAGUGAAAAUGAAAAUUCUGUCAUUAUUUCCCCCAUUCGAGUUGUUCCAAACCUGAAAACAUUUCUUUUAGCUGUUGAACACAAAGAAAGAUGUUUGGAAGGAUAUUUGUAACCAAACAGUUCUGGGGCACCAUUGACUACCAUAAUAGGAUAGAAAACUGCUAUGGUAGUCAAUGGCGUCCCAAAACUGUUUGGCUUUCCGCAUUCUUCGAAAUAUCUUCUUUUGUGUUCAGUAGAACAAAGACGUUCAUACAGGUUUGGAACAAUUUAAGAAUGAACAAAUGAAUUUUUGGGAUGACUACAGUAUUUUCUGUUGUUUGAAACAUGUCCCAUUAUAACUUUUUGUUUCAACAGACAAUGUUAAAAAUAUGGUGUGUGCUUGUCACGCCAUGUCAUAAGGUUGUCAAAGCUUUUAUUCAUUUUUCCCUCAGUGAGUCAGCAAUAUUUCUGUUUAUGCACAAACAUUUGUUAAGACAUUUGUUAAGUCUAAAAAUGUGCAAAAAAAACAUUUGUUAAGACAUUUGUUAAGUCUAAAAAUGUGCAAUAUCAGAGUGACCAUACAACCAUUGUGUCAGAAGGAAGGGAAACCGUUCCUAUGUUUAGUUGAUGAUGAUGUAAUGUGAAAUGUUUCUGUUGGAUAGGUCAAGAUCAUUUCUCUCCUCAUGACAAUGGGAGGCCUGACUUUAUUUGGAAAGAAGUAGAAACCGGGCUGUGUCUGUACAGUGUUAUACUAGAGGCCACAGACCAAUAAACAUUACUGUAAGAAGGACCCAUUUGUCAUUUUAAAAAGAACCUUUGAGACAAUUUUUGAAGAACUGUUUUCCGUAGCGGCUUUAAUUAGUAAUGUCAAAGACCAAGGUGAAAUUUUUUUUUUACAGCAUAUUCUACAAAGCAGCUUUACUGAGAACAGAGUGGCAGAUGCAGGCUUUUCCAACCAUAAUUUUCUGAAACUCAAUUUACAUGAAGUCCUACUCCAUUUGAAAUCAUCAGCCAUUGAUAUUCAUAGCAACGCUGGUUGAGAUGGGACCAAACUCAGAAGAUUUUCUGUUCUGCAAUGUCUGUUUACUGUUUUAGUAACAUGUCCAAGUUGUGCCUACUGUCUUGUACUAAUAAUUGUAAUACUAAUUCUAACAAUACAAAAAAACUUUGUUGUUCUCAGAGAGGCUCAUAUUGGUAAGAUGUCAAUUAUUUUGCAAACAAGAAUUGUCUGUGUGACUUUUUCUGCCAUAGUUGCCUUAUGUUUCAUAACAACAGAAAGUGCAACACACCGUAUUUAGAUCAGAAAAUGAAACCAUGUAAAUAACAGUUUUAAUAUACAGUAUGUAGCAGAUUAUCACAAUUGAGCAACAAGAUGCAUUUAGUGUGUAGUUAAACAGUUUUCAUAUCGUUCUAUGGUGUCUGCUUUUAGCCAGUAACCGUGCGUAUGUUUGUGUAUUUCAGGGAUGUGUAACAUACUAGAAAGAGGCUCUUAGAUUACAUGGUACAGAACUGUAACUCUUUCAAAUGAAAUUGUGUUAUAUGUCUAAAGAAGACACAGUUCAUAUAGCGUAUUAUGUAGGCAUGUGUGUUCAUGCAUUUCUGGAGGAGUACAAAUAAAAUCUAAAUAUUAUAUUAAAGACACUGUUUUAUCUCAUGAUGACCUCUUUGCAAAGUGGUGCCCAGCAGAGAUCUUGGGUGCAGUAUGCUUUGGAGUU